GUUUGAGUUGGGUCUGACGUCAUGUGCCAGUAGUGAGCAGGAUGACUAAGGUAGGGCUUGUCAGGUGGCUGAACAGCCCUAUGGAUUGGUUCCUGAGGAGCGGAAAUGCAUCUAUUAGAUUACACUGAGGCAAUUGUGUUGAAACCUAUAUCUAUUCUCACGACGUUGUAUGUACUACAUAGUCCAAGCUGCUAUGAUACUACACGUCACAAUUGAAGUUGGCAUCCCUAGUUGUUGUAGCAGCACUGCUCAACUACUAAAAACGGGAGAAAAUUGAGAACCUCAGGCACCUAGAGUUUUUGUCUCUCGACCCACAUCAUAUCAAACGUUGAAUCUAGCAAAUAAAAAUACAUGCGAUCAACAACAACAAACUCCCGACCCGCCAUGCCCGAUAACCUCCCCUCCCGUCCAAUGGCCUGCGACAACAAAAACUGAGCGACAAAACAACCCGCUCCGCGCCGCCGGGCAUGCUCACGCCGAUCCGAGUGCGCGGCCGUAGAAAAAAACGCCCUGCUCCUACCGAAGAUGCAGGACCUCAACCCAAGCGCUCAAAAGGCCUCGGUGGGCGACCGUUAACGUCGUUCGCCGAACGAUACAGCUCUUCCCAAAGCCAAGCCAUCAGACGCGCGCAACGUCUAAUCGCAAAACCGCCUAAACAUCCGCGCAAGAAACUCAGCCGGCUGGAGACCCUACCGGUGGAACUGAUUGAGAAGAUCUUCCUACAUUCGCUGAACGUCAAUCUACCCCGGGCGUCGGCGUCCCUCGCCGCAACGGUGUCGAGCGAGCGGAUCUACCGCGCUUUGAUACUUCUGGCAUUCUGGAACGAUGUCCCCUCCUCGACGGGCCCGUUCGAUGCCGUCUCCGCGACGGCAAUUGCGAAGACCCUGAGGCCGUUGGAUUAUAUUCCGCUUGACCUCAACGAGCGCGGCGCGUUGCAGAGUGCCAUUUUGCGGUGUAAAUGGUGCACAGUGCAGCGGCUACUGAGCCGGUUCCCGGAUCUGAUGGGCCUCAGUAUUCAGCGAUAUUGGUUCAGUGCAGGAAUCACGAUGGCAGAAGACCAAGAGGAGAAGUUGAGACGGUUCCUUGUGCGCGAAGAGGACGAGGACGAGACCCGCAAUUUCGAAGGCACGGAUAAAGGUAAUAGCCACUACACACUGUCCGUGUCACCGCUCGUGUCUGUAACAGUCACCUGCCACGAAACGGAGACUGUGCAGACGCACCGCAUCCUCGGUAUCACGGAGUUUCCGGAACGACUCCUCAGGGGCGAAAACGGGUUCACGUCAGAGACUAUCGCCUACCUCGAGACGCUUCGACUCACGAGCGGAUUCAAUACUUCAGAGCUUAUGGAAACGCAUGUUUCUUUGUCGCGCGAUGUCCUGCAGAAGGGUAUUUAUGCGGCUUUGGUAGAACAGAAUUCUGAGGCACUUACUUCCUUACUCAAGAUAGAUGAGUAUUAUUUCCGGUGUAGGAAUACGAACGUCGCGGUCACCAAUAGUGUGCCGUAUACGAUUCCAGCGGAGCAUUUUCGUACAGCUGUGCGGGUUGCGCGCGAUGAGCCGGCACUGUUUCAGCUUCUUGUCCGCGCCAGUGCGGAGUCUGUGCCGGAUGAUUCGGAUAUCACGCAGUGGGCUAUGGAUCUAGAUAAUUCGUUUGGACGGUGGCUUCUUGAUCUUAUGUUGCAGCUGCCGCAGCGGAUUGAGGCGGCGAAUGCUAAUCCGGCUGAAGGGGCGGUGUUCUAUCUAGGGAGAGCAAAUGGACAGGUAGAAUUGGCGAGACGGUAUUUGAAUGAGGUUUUGGGGGUGGAAGAAUUGGGGAGUUGGAUGGAAGAAACUUGUCAUGAUUUUGAGAGCCAGUGGAGGUCUCUAUAGAGACUACUUAUUACGCACGGCAUGGGUGGAUUAUCCUAUCUUGUUUUCUACCAUGUGUAUUAUAUGAUA